AUGUCAUCCGGCGCCACCUCGAGUCCUGCCUCAACCAAGUUACCAGCUCCCUCCAAUUCGUCGAACUACACUCAAACACCCUCCUCCUCCGGUGCCGAGACCUUCUCCAAGCGAAGCAAUAGUUCGGGCAGUUUUGGCUCUGGCGCUACAACGCGUCAUACCUCCCAAGCGCGUGGCAGUCAACCUCUCCGGAAGCAUCAUAAAGGACAGAGAAAACCGCGGCUGGUGGAUGACGAUGCAAUUGCUGAAACUGCCGCCAUGAGGUCGAUCAACAGCCGCAAGGGUCAAACCUCAAUCACCCAUCUUAUGAAUAUCAGCCUGCCUCCCCGCCCUCAACAACAUUAUCAGCAUCAUUUCAAUCAUCGACAACAAAGACGGAAUCCUACAUGGGGCCUUGGCUCCGGCUAUCAUGCCGUGGAUAAAGCUCGCUACGUCCAUGCCAAUUACCGCUUCAUUGUACGUCCAGAUCGAGAAUACCAUGCUCAGACCACGGAUGCGGAUGUGUACGUCAGUUGGGACGCAGUUCUACAGGUUCUGGCGUCUGCGGAAACUCAAGCUGCAAGCUGUCCGAUAUGCCUGUCCACACCGGUUGCCCCUCGCAUGGCCAGAUGCGGCCAUAUCUUCUGCUUGCCAUGUCUGAUACGCUACAUGCACUCCGCCGACGAUGCAAAUCCGAUGCCCGAGAAAAGAGCAAGAUGGAAGAAAUGUCCAAUCUGUGAAGACAGCAUAUACAUGUCCGAGGCGAGACCCGUGAGGUGGAUUAGCGGCAAUGACGCCAGCAUGCUAAGAGAAGGAGGCGAUGUGCUUCUCAAGCUGCUGAUGCGUGAGCCAGGUACAACACUGGCGUUGCCUCGCGACACCGCAGAUGGAUAUGGUCGCUCAAAUGAUAUUCCUUGGUUCCAUGUCGCGGAGAUGAUGGAAUAUGCUCGCUUUAUGAAAGGUGGUGAAGGCUACAUGACAGCUCAAUAUAACCAGGAAAUCCUUGAUAUCGAGAAACAGGAAAAGGAGGAUGAAUUGAUGUUCGGCGACGACGUCACCUGGACCCAGAAAGCGGUGCUUUCAAUCGAGGAUGCCAAACAGAAGUUGACCGGCAUCGGCAAUCCACCGUCUGCGCCAUCGGCAGCCACAACCACAACCAGUCUCGAGAAUCCAAAGUCUGAGGAGAGUGACAGCGAGAAAGGACCGUCGACUUUGACUGCAGCGAUGCAGACUCUGUCUCUCCAACACGGAGUCAGUCCCGCCCAAUCCACACCUUUGGCGACGAAGUCCGGGACAGGAAGCAGCCGUCCGCCAUCGCAUCCUUUCUAUUUCUAUCACGCCCUGCCCAAUUUCUUCCUUUCACCACUGGAUAUACGGAUCCUCAAGACUGCUUUUGGUGACUUUUCCGCUUUCCCCUCGACGAUACUUCCCCGCGUGGAACACAUCUCUACUGGACAUAUCGUAGAUGAUGACUUGCGCAAACGGGCCAAGUAUAUGGCACAUCUGCCGUACGGAUACGAAGUCAGCUUCCUGGAAUGUGACUGGACGGAUAUUAUCAGUCCCACGGUUCUGGAACAGUUCCAAGAUGAUAUCACAAGACGACGGAAGAGAAAGACUGAGAAGGAGGCGCGUGAAGAGAGGGAUAGGAUCCGCGCAGAGAAGGAAGAAGACGAAAAGCGAUGGGCUUCAGCAAGGAGGCGAAGGGCAAGCUCGGUGCCCAAACCCUUCAGCGAGGCAGACUUCCGGCCGCUGGUUGACACGCACGGUUCUUCGCCUGGGGAGUCGGCGCUUGCAACAACGCCUCCGUGGGGCAAUAGCCGAAAUCAUUCUUCGUAUGCGCCUCUGGCGAGUCCUGGAACAAGCCCCGAUGCCGCGAGAACUGUCUGGGGCACAACCGUAGUGACGCCUGUUUCUCCAACCCUCCUAGCGGCGCCAGAGCCUGCUUCACAAGAUGAUGGCUGGCUUCAGGGGUGGGAGAAAGACUUGCUUGAAGACGACGAUGCCGUUGCCAUGGUGGAAGCCAGUCUCAAUGGUGGAAGCAGCUCGCAACAGCCUCGGAUGGGUGGUGGACAGUCAAAGAAAGGGAAGAAGAAGAAGAUCACCUUGAUGUCCACGAACAACAGACGGGGAGCCUGA